AUGGCCGGAGGAACAAGACACAAUUUUCUCAUCGUCUUCUUUGUCGCUCUUGGAAGCUUCUCUUAUGGCUUUAACUCGGCAAUCAUGGGCCUCGUCAUCGGCCUGCCUGCAUUCUUCCAAUACUUUAACAUCAACUUAGAUGACACGCAGGGCAACUAG